AGUUUCAGUUUCGUUUUUAACGUACGCGCGCCAAGACGCAAAAGCAACAGCUCGAAAACCAAACGCAUUGCCCAAUACGAAUUCUAAAUACAAAACACAAGUGUGACCAGCGCCUGCGAAUUCAAUUCGUGUAUCCAAAAAACCCAAGAAACACCCACCUUAACCAGCCACCGCCUAAGUAACCACCGCCAAGAUGUCUCACUCCGUGACCAUAACACGCACUACCACCAGCACCACCAACACCUCCUACAUUGUGCUAAACACUGGCUACAUUAAGACCUUUCCGGGUAUUUUGAAGCUCUUCCAGCUGCUCAUUGGCGUUGCUGUGGUCACCCUGAUGGCGAUGCACUACAGUGAUAGUGUCUACUAUCGCCAACAGCAAUAUCUGUUCCACUACUUGAUGGCCACCACAUUUAUGAUAGGGACAUUUUGUUUAUUCCUAGCGUGUCUCACAUCGCUAAGCACGGGCGGACUCAUCGCCAAGACAAUCUACGAGCUGAUCUAUCACUCUGUUGCCGCCAUACUGUUGCUCGUCUCGUCCGCCUGCUUGCUAAUUAAGCUGCGUGAUAACAGGCACGAUGCCUAUAUGGCGGCCGGUGUUCUGGGCCUGGUCAACACGGUGCUCUACUUCAUAAGCGCAUUCCUGGCACAUCGCUCGUAUCGCGGCAUUUAAGCGGAAAACUCAAUCGCUGGCAUUUUGCGAGAUCUAACAUAAACAGUUCAUCAGAAACAGAAACAGAAUUAGAAUCAGAAUCAGAAAUGAAUAUAGCUAUGCUAUAGUCAAUUACAGCACAAGCCAUACAAAGGAGUCUCUCUGUUCUACUGUAUAAUUGUAAAAAUUUUAAUUUGUGGCGCUAUUGAGCAAUUAAUCAUAUUACCUGCAUACAAACAUCUAUAUAUACAUACUAUAUAUAUUAAUUUUAUAUCGUUUUCCUUUUUAUUGUUUUAAUUAUUGUUUUUACUUUAUUUGUGCUGUAUCUUAUCUCAGUGUCUGUCUUUUAUACCAAACAGCAUAUAUUGUAUUCGAAUAAACGUGUCUUUAUGUUUUUAUA